AUGCACACUUCGAGGGCGAGUCUGGUAGAGUUGGCCGCGUCGGUUGAGGCGGAUCUUGGUGGGCCAGUUGGUCCGGUGGCUGUGCCGUCAGCAGUUGCUUCUGCUACCCAGCCUCGGGGUCAGCAUCAGCAGCCGCGACAGCAGCAGCAGCAGCAGCGCAGAGGUGGUUCGAGUUUCAGUUCUGGUUCUGGCAGGGGCGGUUUGCCUGCGCAGGGUCAGAAGAGGAGUAGAGAGGAGUUUUCUGGUGCUAGUCAGUUUCCUCGUGGUUCCUGUUUUGGGUGUGGGAGCACGGAGCAUCGUGUUUCGAGUUGUCCCAAGAGAGAUCAGCACCGAGGUGUGCUACUACUGCAAGGAGCCUGGGCAUAUCAAGCCCAUGUGUCCUAA